GCCUCUGAGCUGCUCUUUAUACGGCGGGCUUCAGUGUGUGUGUGUUUCUGUGUGUGUUUCUGUGUGUGUGUGCUUGUGUGUGUGUGUCUGCAGCUGUUUUUCUGAGGGAUGGGGGAGAGAGGAGCGAAGAGGAGGAGCCCCCCCGUUGGUCCAGAGAGGAAGAGGAGGAAGAGUCGCUGCAUCAUUUCAAUUUCAGCCUGAAAAACGAGUUGGACAAAACCAGUUCAGAGUCGGGGAUGGAGGAGGGGAGCAGUGGGACUUCAGAAGAGAAAACUCCAUGGAGGGAAACUGUGAAGAAGCACCUGAGAGAGGAAGAGGAAGGCAGUGAACAGGAGUCGAGUGACGCAGCAGGAAGUGGAACGCCUCAGUCUGAGACCUUGCCCCCAAGACAUGGCUCCGCCCCUGAUGAGGAAAUGUCCCCGGCCACACAUGCCGUUGUCACGGAAACCGCUCCCAGGGGGCGGGGCUCGUUUGACGCCAUUACCCCAGAUCUGCCGCCAUAUAAGGGCGUGGGGUCAGAGACAGAGGGGGCGGAGUCUGAGGAGAGGAGGACAGUUGUUCCUGCUGACAGGAAGCAGAAGAAGACUUCAGCCAAUCAGAAGAAAGCUACAGGCGAUGAUGUCAUUGAUAAACACCUGUCCAAACUGACCUCCGACCUCCAGAGGGUCUCAGUGAAGGAGAUCCAGGAGAACCAGGAGAAUGCGCCGUAUGUUCCACACGCUCUGGCCUUCAAACGAGCAUACGCUAUUAAGAGGCGCUCCCUGAGGACCCCCGCCCCUCAAAGACGGACCACCUCAUGUCCCCCUCUGGCGUCGGGGGGGAUGUUUCUCCCCCAGGAGCCGUCGAUCCUCAGCCUGAAGGAGGCGCUGUUCCUGAGGGGGGGGGAGGAGGAGAAGGGGGUAAGGAGGCGGGUCCCGGGGGGGCGGAGGCGGAGACGGGAAGAGCUGCAGAGGCUGCAUCGAGCUCAG